AUGUCCAACAAAUACGACUCACGCCGUGCUCCUCCGAAGCAAAAGCCUCACCACAGGAUACGAGACCAGUACACCACUCCGCGCCCCAGCUGUUACUCCAUCGCGCACGCAGAACUCAAAAGGCACAAAAUUAUCGAUCGAGGCAUCCGCUCACCUCUCGUUCGCCCCCGUAUACGAAAACGGAGAAAAGCGGCUCGCGCAGCGACGCGCAAGACACUUUAUAGCUGCAUUGUUUGCACACUGGACAACUGGUUCCUCAGCCCCACCCCCAAGCAAGCGCGGGCAAACUUGCGCGAAAGAAGCAUGCUAUCCUACGCAUGGAAGCCGCGCGUACUGCUAUAUACGGCCCUUUCCCUGCUGGGUACAGCGGUGUACCGCAGGGGUUCGAUAUAUAGACUCAUCUCUACGCCGCUACUAUACUGGACGGCACUGACGACCAUCGUGCUCCUGGAGGAAUACUCGACCGCUCAAGGUAGCCCAUACGUUGCGUUGGGCAGGAAACGGGAGAACUUGCUGUCACUCAUGGUUCUCUUGGCCGCUGUGGCACUGACCGUCUCGUAUAUGGAUCAUGGGCUCUUGAAAUGGGGCUGGUAA